AGUACAUAAUAUAGCGUAAGAAAAUGUUAUCCCAGAAUAACGCGGCUAUAAUCAAAUAUCUGCGUGUACAUUUCAUUCAAUUUACUUGAAAUUAAAUUAACUCAACAUUAUAUAAUGCACAUAUAGAACUCCUAUUUUUGCGUACUUUCUACGCUUAAGGGGUUACAUCUAUCAGACGUCUCUUAAAAUAGACCUUUUUUCGGGGAUUUUUUUCCCAUAAAGCAAUAAAACAAUCAAAAUGCUGUAUGAAGGGUUCAUUAUACAUAUAAUGAGGUGUAUAAAAAAAUUUUUUGUUUAAUAUUUUUUUCCAAAAUGGCCGCAGUACAGACGGUUGAAGUACAGUGUCUGCAAGAUGAAUAACUUUUGCAAUUUUUAUCCGAUCGACUUGAAAUUUAAACUGUAGCUUCUUAGAUAUAUUUUAAAGAGAAGUACACACGAUUUUAAUGAUUGAUUAACAAUUAUGUUUUUUAUAAACGUUUAAACGUCAAAUUUUUGCUAAAAAACGAAAAAAAAAGUUCAAAUUUAUGUCUACUUGCGAAAAAUUAAGUUUGGUUAAUAAUCAUGUGUACUUCUCUGACAAAUUUAGUGUAGAUUACGAAAAAAUUUUUUAUUUAGUCCUAGGUGCAAAUGGAAAAAUGUUAUUCAUCUUGCCGCAGACCUCUUCCAGAAAAAGAAACUGUACUUCAACCGUCUGUACUGCGGGCAUUUUGGAAAAAAAUAUUAAACAAAAAAUUUUUUUGUACACCUUAUUAUAUGUAUAAUGAACCCUUUAUACUGCAUUUUGAUUGUUUUAUUGCUUCAUGGGAAAAAAAAUUCCCGAAAAAAGGUCUAUUUUAAGAGACGUCUGAUAGAUGUAACCCCUUAAGAGAUACAUCGACAGGCUUGGUAAAAGCCGUGACUGAACGUGCUUUGGAAGACAAUCUAAGCUAGCAAGUCUCCGUUCACAUUUUUAUUCCAUUUAGUCCAAUCUCUUCUCCUCUUCGCCCCGCGUCCAUUAAUUUUCUCCAAAGACAUUGAACACCGAGGGAUCGGCCUAUAAUGUGACGAGCAGUGUGUAAACGUGUAUUUAUCAGGGGAAUUGAUAAUGCACGGCCCCGAUGAACCCACACGGAAUGGAAACGAGACGCGGACUCCGCGUUUAUUGUCGCGGCUACGGAGUAGCUCGACAGCCUCAGCGAUCCAUUUGCGGGUGAAUAACGUUCGGCGAGCGCAUAUCCGGCAUGGAUCAAGAGCGCGACGAGCGUACGCCGUUAAUUGCACCGCCGAGAAAGCGAUGUAUUCCGAUACGGAUCUGGAUAUGCACGAUGAUGUUCACCGCUUGCUGGACGAGCUACGCGUGCCGCUUGCAAAUGCCGAUCCUGGUGGUGCCGAUGAUCCAGGAGCAGCCGAACAAUCACACGAUCGCUGGUGUAUGCGUGUUCGAUGAGUCUCGACGGCGUCGCGACGUUGUCGUCAAUCCACUCGAUCCUGCCAGCUACCUGGACCAAUAUGUUCUGGAUCUCGUCGAGGACGAGCGAGAUAGGAAGCUGCAACGCCGCGAAGCGCAGCCGGUCGUGGUGCGAUCGCCAGAUACACCCCUCGCACUUUUCAGCGGUCUGCCGUUCGACUGGUCCCCGACAGUGAGAGGCCAACUGCUGGCCAGUUACAGCUACGGCAACGUGCCCGGCAACUUCAUCGGCGGUUGGCUGUCGCUGAGAUACGGGCCGCGCCGCGCAAUCCUCUGGACGUCGCUCCUAGCCGCGUUGAUCUCGCUGAUCAGCCCGAUCCUGGCACAAUGUCAUUGGGGCUUGCUACUGUUCUCCAGAAUCAUUAUCGGUAUCACCGGCGGUGUCACCUUCCCCGCGUGUCAUACCAUGGUAGCGAAGUGGGCACCACCGCACGAACGGACGCGCUUCAUCUGGUCUCUACUGGGCGGCACGUUUGGCACGAUACUGACCUACCCGAUGAUAGCCGGUAUCGCGGAGAACAUAAACUGGGAAUCCGGCUGGUACGUACCGUCUGUACUGAUGCUAGUGUGGACCUGCGUGUGGGCACUGGUUGCGUAUGACUCGCCGGGGGAACACCCGGGCAUCACUGCCGAGGAGAAGGACUACAUUUUAACCGCUCAAGCGGGCACGGUGCGCCCCGAGAAACCACGGUGGAAACAGACCCCAAUGUUGCAGAUACUAACGUCGGUGCCGUUUAUCAGUCUGAUCAUAUGCCACUUUGGGAAUCUCUUCUUGCUGUUCUUCUACCAAAACUCGCUCAUGCUGUACUUGACCAAGGCGCUGGGAUUCAAAUUGACGAGGGGCGGCGCCGCGGCUGGCGCGCCGUGGGGCGCCAGGAUGCUGUUCGGAUUCUUCUUCAGCUGGGCGGGUGAUACCAUCAAGAGAAAGCAGAUCAUCUCUGUCACCCUCUUGCGCAAACUCGCGACUAUAUUCUCGCAUCUUUUACCGGGCGUCUUCCUGAUAUUGGUCGGUUACGUUGGAUGCGACUUUGUACUCGCAAACGUAUUUCUGUUCCUGGCAUUGGGCUUCAACGGCGCCGCCCUCAUCUCCAACCUGUCGAACAAUCAAGAUCUCGCGCCGAACUUCGCUGGUUUUCUUUAUGGUAUCAUGAACACAAUCGGUUGCACUUCCGGCAUGAUCAUCCCGCCGAUAGUUGAAGAGAUAGCUGGCAAAUACGGGAAUCCGAUCGACAGGUGGCAGAUACUCUUCUGGAUCGGCGCCGCUGUGUGCAUUGGGAGCAUGGUUGUGUUCCUGUUCGGGGGUAGCGGCAAUAUACAGAAGUGGAAUGAAUUUCGAUCGCUCGAGGGACCAAAGGAAAACGUGGAGGCUGGGCAAACCAAUUUAGAGCCUAUCGACAAUACUGCGCGAACCUAACCGACGAUUCUAUGGGAUUCUAAAUCUUCGUCUAGAAAUGACACGUCGUAAACGGCACGACAGAAAAGUUUGAUUGUGGACAAAAAUGUUCCUAAAUAUAAGAAUGUAGGAAACAUUUGAAAAAGACUGAGCAAUUAGGACGUUCUUAAGGAGGAUUUGAGAAAAUUGAACUGAAGAUUGCUUGAGGAAUUCAAGACUUUUAAAAGAUAUUUGAGACACUGAGUUAUUCAAAGGAUGCCCGAAAUAGAAAUAUUUAAACAAUACCUACAAGAUCAAGACACUUGAAGAAUAACAUAAUUGCAUCGUGUACUCCUUUGCACAACUCUGCGUUUAUUUAUCCAUCUUCAUGUUUGAUAACGUUUCAUUAAUCUUUAUAUAUUUAUAUCACAAUUGUGUAUAAUUAAAUAAAAAAUUAUCAUUUCUUUUAAUCUUAUCUUUGCAAUCAAUUGUGCCUUUGGAUAUUCCGAAACUAACAAACCGGAAACAUCUCGUAUAGGUACAUGACAAAAGUAAUAAUAUUAUAAAUACACAUUUUACCUGAACUUUUUUUAUCUUUAUAUGAU